AUGGAUGAUCAUCAAGAGGAAGCGCCGGAGAAGGUGAAGCUUUUCGGCAUGUGGGCGAGCCCCUACGUCCUCAAGGUAAAAUGGGCUCUCAGCAUCAAGGGCGUGGAGUACGAGUACGUGGAGGAGGACCUGAGGAACAAGAGCGACGACCUCCUGGAGCACAACCCCGUGCACAAGAAGGUCCCCGUGCUGCUCUACCGCGGCAAACCGGUGGCGGAGUCCGACGUCAUCGUCGAGUUCGUCGACGAGGCGUGGAGCUACCGCGGCGGCCGCAUCCUCCCCGACGACCCCCACGAGCGCGCCAUGGCCCGCUUCUGGGUGAGGUUCGUGCACGACAAGCUCUCGCCGCCGAUCUGGAAGUGGUUCACGGCGGCGCCAGGCGAGGGCCAGAAGGCCGCGCUGGGGGCCGCCGUGGAGCAGCUGCAGGUCCUGGAGGACUUGCUCGCCCUCGGCGGCAAGGAUUUCUUCGCCGGGGAGAGCGUCGGGCUCGUCGACCUGUCGCUCGGCGCGUUGGCGUACGUGAUCCCGAUGUACGAGGAGAUCAUCGGCGUGAGGAUGGUCACCGAGGAGAGGUUCCCGUCUCUGUCGGCGUGGAUGGGGCGGUUCUUGGACUCGCCGCCGGUGAAGGAUCACCCGCCGCCAGUGGAGAGGCUGAAACCCAGCUGCCUUCUCCUUGGCAAUCAGACCACCUUCGCAUUUUGUCGUCGACGACGGGGGGCAUCUGUCUCCGCCGACAUGAAGGAGUGGAGGAUGACGUAG